AUGAGCGAUUCGUUUGUUGAAGUAACCAUAGAUUUGCGUGAUGACGCGGCGAGGGGCGUGAUAAGUGACAAGGAAUUGAUGCUUCAAAAGAUGGAAAGGCAUCAGUUCUGUUCAUUAGUAAAGCAUCAGGUCUGUUCAUCAGUAAAGCAACGGGUAAAUAUUAUUUAUUAUGAGUUGUAUCAGGGUGUCUGUGAUAAAAAUGUAGACGCACAAAAAUUUGAUUUUGUAUUGGAGCAAGUAUGUUUACGAAAUGGGGUUAAUGAAGCCACCAUUUUCAAUCAAGCCACUCCCACUGGUGAUUCGUUGCUUCAUGUUGCAGCCGAAUGUGGGAAUGAAGAAGUUGUGUGGCUUAUUGCUUCUCGGAAUCGUGAGCUUUUGCACAAGACAAAUCUGAAAGGUGAUACUCUGCUUCAUGUUGCUGCAAGAGCUAAGAAUCUUCCCGUGAUUAAGUACAUUCUAGGACAAAUGGUUGAAAUUUACACGAUAGCUAUGGACGAGUUUAUAAUGUUACCCAACAAAUAUCGGAGGACGGCUUUGCACGAAGCAGUUUUGUUCAACCAUUAUUCUGUGGUUGAAAUCCUUUUACUUGCACAUGAGGAUAGUGAUCUGGCUGCCUAUUGGACUUGGAACUACAAGUAUGGCUGUAAAUCACCAAUGUAUUUAGCAGUCCUGACUGGGGCUAAAGAUAUUCUUCAUCUGCUCUUGACAAGAAUUCUAAUUCCCUCAGGCCAGGCGAUUUCAAAUGGAGACUCCCCACUUCUUGCUGCAAUAUCAGAACGAAAUACUGGUCAGUAUACUCCUGAUGAAUUAAUUAAUUUUCAUGCUGCUUUUGUGUUUGUUUCAGUACUCUCCCCUAAUAUAUACGUGUAUGUGUGUGUGUUUCUACGUGAAGCUCUAUUGAGACAGACAGUAGAUAUAAGCCCAGAGCUAAGGUAUCAGAGAGAUGAGAAGAACAACACUCCCCUUCAUUAUGCAGCAUAUGCGGGUUACCUGGGAGGAGUUUGUACAAUGUUAGAAAAAUCUCCCACGAAUGCUUUUCAACGAAACUCAGAUGGCAAUCUUCCAAUUCACCUCGCUUGCAAAAAGGGCCAGGUUCAAGUGGUCAACAAGUUGCUUGAAACAGAGUGGUCGAAUGUUGGACUUUUCUUGAAUAGUAAAGGUCAGAACAUUCUUCACAUGUCCGCAAUGAGGGGACAAACUGAUAUGUUAAAAUAUCUCCUGAAGAUCCCCAUGAUUCAUCAUGACACUCUCAAUGAGAGAGAUGUAAAUGGAGAUACCCCAUUACAUCUGGCUUCAAGAAAACUGCGUCUUUGGACUCUACUCCUUCUGUCACGACACAAAAUGAUCAAUGUGAACCUUGUCAAUGACGAAGGUUUAACAGCUCGAGAUGUUGUUCGGAUGCAGUGA